AUGAUUAAUUUCUUUAAUAUAGUUGUAUUUGUACUACACUUGUUUUAUAUCAUAGGAAUUAUAAUUUUAUUUCUAGACCAUGUACAGUCUUCUAAAUUGAAUAUUGUGUACAAGCCAAAUGGUAGUUUUUCGAAACCCUUGUUCAUUAGUAAUUUGUUUGAUUUUAAGGAAAAAUUUAAGAACAAUUUUGUUAAGAAUCGAAAGAAAAGUGAUACAAAUUAUUACCAUGAUAAUUAUAAAAGGAACUAUUCAAAUACCAAUUCUAAUAUAUUUAUCGAAUCAUUCAAUAAAAAAAAUACCUUUAUUAAACCAAUAUAUGUAACCUUUCAAGAUGAUAUGAAUAAAAGUGUAGCUAGCCAAAAUGAAAGCAAAAAAAAAAAAAAAAAAAAAAAAAAUUCUGAACAAAACCAGCUAUUUUUGAAAAGUACGAAACAAAAAGAUAUUAAUGAAAUGACGAUUGAUGAGGAAAUUGAAAAUUAUGAUAACAUACAAAUGGAUAAAGAGGAAAUGAAUAAUAAAGAGGAUCAUAAAGAAAGUGAUAUUAAUGAUAAAAAUAAUAAUGAUUAUAGUUAUGAUAAAAAUAAUGAUUAUAGUUAUGAUAAUAAUAAUAAUAAUAAUAAUUAUAGUUAUGAUAAUAAUAAUAAUAAUUAUAGUAAUGAUAAAAAUAAUAAUAAUAAUUAUUUUAAAAAUAUGGAUAAUAGUGAAUAUGAAUUGGUAAAUGAUUAUAUCUUAUUAAGAAAAAAUGGAUUAACAAUAAAAGAAUUAAUGGAACAAGGGAAAUGGGCUUGUCCAAAAGAAAAUUUAAAAAUGAUAAGAGAACGUGUUAAUUCAAAAAUUAAUUGGAACUACAUUUUGAAGAAAAACAAUGAAUUACUUAAGGAUAAUGUAGAUAAAAUAUAUCAUGGAAUAUAUAAAAAAGAAAAUGUGGAUGAUUUAUUAUUUGUUUUUGAUACAUAUCCAUAUAAUUAUUUAAAUAUUACUAUGAGUGUUUUUUCUCUUUACAAAUUUGCAAAUAGUUAUCUAAACGAGAAGAAAGAAAAAAUGAAUAGUGUAAAUGAAAAGAAAUCUAAUUUUUUUAAUAAUAUAUCUAGUAAAAAUUUUUUGAUAAAAGAAGAUGAAAAAAAAAAAAAAAAAAAAAAAGAUGAUAUGGAAAAUAUAAAUGAACUUUUAAAUAUAAAACAUAAUGAUAAUAAAUCAAGAUGUAAUGAAAAAACGAAUUCAUAUGAUGAUAACUUUUUUGCUUUAGAAAAUAUACAAGAUGAUGUUGGUGAUAAUAACAUUUUUAAAAUAAAAGAAGAAAGAAAACGAUUAUAUUAUAUUACAACCAAUAGAAAUUUUCAAAGAAUUGUAGGUUCAAUUAAUAAACAUCUAAAAAUUAUCUAUAGAAUAUUUUCUUCUAAUGAAAAAUUAUCUUCUUAUGAAAAAAAUAAAAAUGUGUACAAAUUUAUUCCUUAUAUAAAUAUUAAAGAUAUUAUUAUUAUUUUAAAAUCAUUCUGUAUAUUAAAAUAUGAUCAUGCAAAUAUAUAUAAAUAUAUAUAUUUUUUUAUUGUUCAUUUUAUUCAUAAAUUCGAUAUAUAUAAUUUAUGCCAAGCAGUCCAUUUAUGUAUUAUUAAACAAAUAUAUAUCAAACCAUUAUAUCAAAACUUUUUAAAAUAUUUGCACAACAUUUUUCAACAAGACAAAAAUGAUUAUAUAGGAAAAAUAGAAAUAGCUCAAAGUAAAACGUCUUUGUCUUCAAAUAAUAAAAAAGAUACACAUGAAGAGUUACAGGAUAAUCAUAAUGCUACUAAUAAAAAUAAUGUUAAAAAAGAUAUCCUAUUGAAUAUAAAAUCAUAUGAUAAUAAUAGAAAUAACUUAUGUAAAGAUAUCAUUUCUUUAUAUGAUGCUAUAAAUAUUAAAGAUUUUUACAAUAACAUAGAAAACGCCAUGGAAGGAUAUUCUUCUAAUCCGUGCAAUUAUUAUACAUCACCUUUAUAUAACAAUAACUUUAAUUAUUAUAUAUACCAUUCUUGUAAUUAUUCUAAUAUUAACAAUGCUUUGGAUGAUGCGGAGGAAAAAAAAGAGAAAGAAAAAGAUAUAAAAGGUUUUAUGACAAAAGAUAUGAGAAAAGAGAAAGAAAGUUUUAUUGAACACAAUAUUAAUAAGGAUAUUACAAUAAAUGAAAAUAAUAACAAUAUAAAUAAUGUAAACAAUAUAAACAAUAUAAAUAAUGUAAACAAUAUAAAUAAUACAAAUAAUAGAAAGGAUAUUAAUUUAUAUGUAUAUAUUUUAUAUGUUUUAUCUAAAUUUCCAUACAGUAAUGUAAAUAUAAUUAAUAAAAUUAUUUUACAUAUAUUAAAAGAUAUACAUAAUUUAUCAAUAGACGAACUAAUAUUAACUUUUUAUAGUAUAGCCGAGCUCGAAUACGAGGAUUAUGAGGUGCAAAAUUAUUUAUAUCUCUUAAUUUUCCAGAGGCUACACUUGUUAAAUUAUAGAAACAAUGACACCUUGUUGAAGUUAAUCAAAUCGUUAUAUUUGACGAAUAAUUUGGAUAGGGUAUAUGAUUGUACAAAAAUGGAAAAUACUCCUGUAAAGGUGGAUGUAAAAGGAAGGGAAAAGGGAAAACAACAAGAUGAUGAGAAAGAAAAAGAUGACGAAGAAGAUAAAAGAAAAAACGAGCAAAAACAAAAUGAAUUUCAUAAUAAGGAAGAUGAAAAAAAAGGAGAAUUUCAUAUUAUGGAUAACGAAAAUAAUAGCUUAUCCAAUAAAAAAAAAAAUUGUGAUUAUAAGAAGCAUGUAGAAAAAGAACAUUCUGAUAGUUUUAUAGAACAUAUAAAUAAUGAUGAAAGUAAUAAAAUGGAAAGUAUAAAAACUUUAAUGAUAUAUGUUAUAUCAAAGAUGGUAUUAAAAAAUAUAAAUAAUUAUAGUCCUACUGAAUUAGUAGAUAUUAUUAGAUAUUUAUCUGCUUUUAAAUUUAUAAAUAAAGAAUUAUUUUCUUUUGUAUAUAAUUUACCAUUUUUUAAAAAUUUAAAUGAAGAUAUCUUAAACUAUUAUAAAAAUAAUGUAUAUUUUAAUCAAUCCUAUUAUGCUUAUACAAAAAAUAAUAAUAUAAAUACACCUAUAGAAAUUAUGUUAUGUAAAUUAUAUCAAUCCUAUUUAUCAUAUAAUAUGUUUAUAAAACAAAUAGAUACUAGCUAUAUAAAAAAUGUAAUAAAGGAUGAUAUUAUUAAAACGAUUUAUAAAAGAAAUAAUGAACAAGUAAAAGUUAUACAAUUUAAUAAUUCAAUCAUCCAAUUAUUAAAAAACACCUAUCUAAAUAAUAUGAAAAUAUCUUCAUAUGCAUCUUCUUCUUUACAUUAUGAAAUAGCAGAUAUAAUAAAUAAAGAUUUUAAAAUUCCCUGUCAUGUGGAAUAUCAAACCUCUAAUGGAAUCAUAAUAGAUAUUGCUAUAUUAUAUGAAGACAUCAAAAAAAUAGAUCCAACAUGUCCUUUCUUUAAAAAUAUUGCAAUCGAAAUAAAUGGUCCAUUUCAUUACAAAACGAAAUCUUUGAGUAACCAUUUUCCUUUGAUUAACACAAAGACAAUUUUAAAAAAGAGGCUAUUGCAAUUUGAAGACUGGGAUGUAAUAUCUUUUCCCUUUUGGGAAAUCAAGCCAUGGUUUAGUAAAACGAGGAAAGAAAGUUACAUAUUAAAAAUGUUACCCGAAAAGCUCAAAACUUUUUUUAAAUAA